UCCCUCGUACGUACUCUCCGUGUUCUAUCAGUGGAACCCUAAAAUAAAGACAGAAUUUUGGCGACUUACUUAGAUCCUCCAGACUUAGAUCUCGUCAAUGGAAUAAAAACAUAUCUUAACAUUAUUAUCAAAUUUUUCACCAACGGUUUAAGCGUCCGCGAAGCGGAAUCAGAGAAAAUGCACUUUGCUGGAUUCUAUGAGCGUUAAAAGCUCUGACAGCAUUUCAAAUUGGUAACAGUAAAGGAAUUGACACUCUUAGAGUUGAAUAGCGGCCGCGUUGAAGGUUCUUCUUCCGCUAGAAGAGAAGGAAUCAAAGAAAUCAAGCGAGGGCAAGUGACUGUCCCUUGAUUCCAUCAUUCUAGAAGCAAUUAAGAACAUUUUGAAAGAUUUAGAUUAUAUUUUACAAUCUAAACUCUGCAAAUCAUAAUAUCAUUAAAUUUUGGCUUUUUAUUUAUUUAUUUAAAUUUAGGUUUUGCUAUAGGGGCAUGGGAUCGACGCCAUUUGACGCUAAUGCAUCUCGGCAGUUAUUUUUGUAAUUGAUUUUGAAUUCAAUGAUUGAGUUAUAUAAUCCCAGUGAAAAUUUUGCUAUUGACUCUGAACUUGGGGGCUUGAUCCUUGAAAGCCUAAUUUCUAUAGAGCCUCUGUAAAAUUUUUAUGAAAUUGAACAGCUUGUUAUCAGCAAGCGGAAAUUAAUGCCCUAGAGUUAAAUCAGGGAAAAAAUUAGGCCUUUUUAUUAAAUACCAAAGUUUUGAUCUUCGUAACCCAAGAAAGCUUAGGAUCAGCAGCCAUGACUUUGCAGAGGCUUUCUUCGGGAUUGUUCAGGGCAGCCCUGAGAAUACGCUUGGCUCAGCGAACUAGUUAUGCCAAAAGAUCUCUGUGGACGGUUCCACAAGUCCGAUCAUUUUACUCCACGCCUCAAAACUUCCAGGAAGCGGCUCCUGUGCCGAGGGCUGUGCCACUGUCGAGGCUUACUGACAAUUUUCUGGAUGGGACAAGUAGUGUUUAUUUGGAGGAAUUACAGAGGGCAUGGGAGGCGGAUCCACAGAGCGUGGACGAGUCAUGGGACAAUUUCUUCAGAAAUUUUGUUGGUCAGGCAGCAACAUCGCCUGGAAUUUCAGGCCAAACAAUCCAGGAGAGCAUGAGGCUUUUGCUACUUGUAAGGGCGUAUCAGGUGAAUGGGCACAUGAAGGCAAAACUGGAUCCGCUGGGUUUGGAGCAGAGAGAAAUUCCAGUGGAUUUGGAACCGGGUUUAUAUGGAUUCACCGAAGCUGAUUUGGAUCGAGAAUUUUUUCUUGGUGUAUGGAAAAUGUCUGGGUUUUUGUCAGAAAACCGGCCAGUGCAGACGCUGCGAUCAAUUCUUAAUAGGUUGGAGCAGGCUUACUGUGGCACAAUUGGGUACGAAUACAUGCAUAUACCAGAUCGUGAUCAGUGCAAUUGGCUGAGGGAGAAAAUUGAGACUGUGGUUCCCAGCAUGUAUGGUCCUGAACGAAGGCAUGUUAUACUUGACAGGCUUAUUUGGAGCACCCAAUUCGAGAAUUUCUUGGCAACAAAGUGGACUGCUGCAAAACGAUUCGGACUUGAGGGUGCGGAGACAUUGAUUCCUGGUAUGAAAGAGAUGUUUGAUAGAUCGGCUGACAUGGGAGUGGAAAGCAUUGUGAUUGGUAUGUCUCACAGAGGAAGAUUGAAUGUCCUGGGCAAUGUGGUUAGGAAGCCAUUGAGACAGAUUUUCAGCGAGUUUAGUGGUGGCACAAAGCCCGUGGAAGAAGUUGGAUCUUACACUGGAACAGGGGAUGUGAAAUACCAUUUGGGUACAUCGUAUGAUAGACCUACAAGGGGUGGUAAAAGAAUUCAUCUUUCACUGGUUGCUAAUCCCAGUCAUUUGGAAGCAGUUGAUCCUGUCGUCAUUGGGAAAACCCGAGCAAAACAGUAUUAUUCAAAUGACAAGGAGAGGACAAAGAACAUGGCUAUCUUGAUUCAUGGAGAUGGAAGUUUUGCUGGACAGGGUGUGGUUUAUGAGACAUUACAUUUGAGUGCUCUCCCUAACUACACAACUGGAGGGACUAUUCAUAUUGUAGUCAAUAAUCAGGUUGCAUUUACAACUGAUCCCAAGUCUGGUAGAUCUUCACAAUAUUGUACGGAUGUUGCAAAAGCACUGAAUGCUCCUAUCUUUCAUGUGAAUGGUGAUGAUGUGGAAGCUGUGGUGCAUGCAUGUGAACUUGCCGCUGAGUGGCGUCAGACAUUCCAUUCUGAUGUUGUUGUUGAUAUUGUUUGCUACCGUAGAUUUGGACACAAUGAGAUUGAUGAGCCAUCUUUCACACAACCUAAAAUGUACCAGGUGAUUAAAAAUCAUCCACGAGCAGUUGAUGUGUAUGAAGAGCAGCUAAUUCAAUCAGGGCAGUUGUCAAAGGAAGAAAUUGAUGCUUUGCACUCUAAAGUCAAUUCGAUUUUAAAUGAAGAGUUUGUUGACAGUAAAGAAUAUGUGCCAAACCGACGAGAUUGGUUGUCAGCAUAUUGGACUGGCUUUAAAUCACCAGAACAGUUGUCACGUAGACGCAAUACAGGGGUCAAACCAGAGAUAUUGAAAAAUGUUGGGAAAGCUAUAACUACUCUACCAGAAACAUUCAAUCCUCACAGGGCUGUAAAGAGGAUUUUUGAUCAACGUUUACAAAUGAUUGAAAAAGAAGAAGGUGUUGAUUGGGCUGUUGGUGAAGCACUUGCAUUUGCAACACUCCUAGUAGAGGGCAAUCAUGUGAGAUUGAGUGGCCAGGAUGUUGAAAGAGGUACUUUCAGUCACCGGCAUGCAGUUGUUCAUGACCAGGAAACAGGAGCAAGAUAUUGCCCUUUAGACCAUGUUGUCAUGAACCAAAAUGAAGAGAUGUUUACUGUGAGCAAUAGCUCUCUUUCAGAAUUUGGUGUGCUGGGCUUUGAACUGGGCUAUUCAAUGGAAAAUCCAAAUUCAUUGGUCCUGUGGGAAGCUCAAUUUGGUGACUUUGCAAAUGGUGCCCAAGUUAUUUUUGAUCAAUUUGUUAGCAGUGGUGAGUCAAAAUGGCUUCGUCAAUCUGGGCUUGUUGUUCUUCUUCCUCAUGGCUAUGAUGGACAGGGCCCAGAACAUUCCAGUGCAAGAUUAGAGCGCUUUCUCCAGAAUAGCGAUGACAAUCCUUUUGUGAUUCCUGAAAUGGAUCCUACAUUACGCACUCAAAUUCAACAAUGCAAUUGGCAAGUAGUAAAUGUGACGACCCCUGCCAAUUACUUUCAUGUUCUACGUCGCCAGCUACACCGGGACUUUCGUAAACCAUUGAUCGUUAUGUCUCCAAAGAAUCUUCUUCGACACAAGGACUGCAAGUCAAAUUUGUCAGAAUUUGAUGAUGUGCAAGGUCAUCCAGGGUUUGACAAGCAGGGAACUCGGUUUAAGCGUCUCAUUAAGGAUCAAAAUGACCAUUCAGAUCGAGAGGAAGGCAUCCAGCGGCUAAUACUUUGUUCUGGAAAGGUCUACUAUGAACUUGAUGAAGGCAGGCAGAGAAUUGAAAGGAAAGAUGUUGCUAUUUGUCGAGUUGAACAACUAUGCCCAUUCCCGUAUGAUCUAGUCCAGCGAGAAUUAAAGCGGUAUCCAAAUGCAGAGAUUGUCUGGUGCCAAGAAGAGCCUAUGAAUAUGGGAGCAUAUAAUUAUAUUACUCCUCGCCUUCUAACUGCUAUGAGAGCUGUAGAUCGAGGUACACUUGAAGAUAUUAAGUAUGUUGGUCGAGCUCCAUCAGCUGCUACAGCAACAGGGUUUAGUCAGGUCCAUGCUAAAGAGCAGAAAGAACUUGUUGAGACAGCACUGCAGUCAGCUUCAAUCAAGUUUCCGUGAUGAUUGCUUAUAUGAAAAUGAGAGUUUAAUUUUACAAGAAUGGAGCAGAAAAUGAGCAGCAUACUCUUUCAUUAAUUACUAACGUCUCCUGAGAUACUUUUGAAGCAUCAUAUGCUGUAAUUUGACAACAAUGCCAUUUCUUAUGUGUGGGCUGAUGAGUAUAUUUUUUUUAGAACAAAGGCAAUUUUGUUUAUCUUCAUUUUUGUGCCUGAAAAAAUAGAGGUAAUAAAUUUGCAGAACUGAUACAUUGAAAUCAAAAUGAUGUAGUAAAUGUUAUGGCAGCAAAAUUAAAUUGCAUAUUUAGGCUGUGGUCCCAUGGAGGGGGCUUCCAAAAAAAACUUCAGUGGGUUCUGUUGAGAUUUUUUACGAGUAUUUUAAGACUUGGUCCCAUGAAUUUUGUA